AUGCUCACCUUACCUAAAGAGCAAACUGUAUAUCGUGUCACGAAGCGUGAAGGUUUUGAGUUUAUUAUACCCGCACAAGAAACAUUAGAGGCCGAAAAACUCGGUGAUAGUCAAAUUCUCAUCAAAAUCAAAGCGGUUUCUCUCAACUACCGUGAUAUUGUCAUUGCUGAUGGUCGCUACCCUUUUCCCUGCAAAGAAAAUGUUGUCCCUUGCUCUGAUGCCGUUGCAGAAGUUCUUAAAGUUGGAGAUGACGUGAUUGAUAUAGCGGUAGGCGAUCGUGUUAUCACCAACUUUGAUAUGCAUCUUCUUUCGGGGGUGAUGAAGAAUCAAGACUACUGUCUAGGCGGCGGUGUCGAUGGUACAUUAAUGCAAUACAAAAUCCUUCCCAGUCAUAGCGUUACCAAAUUACCCAAGGAUUUUCCUCUUUCGGACGAAGAAGCUGCUUGUUUGACGUGUGCCGGUGUCACGGCAUGGAACGUGCUCUAUGGUUCUGCGGAUCGAUUUGUUGCAGGUCAAACGGUCCUUAUGUUGGGUACAGGUGGUGUUUCAACGAUCGCAUUGGCGUUGGCGAAUGCAGCAGGGGCUCGUACCAUUAUUACCUCCUCGUCUGAUGAAAAAUUAAACUAUGUCAAAGAGAAAUACGGUGCUGAUUAUACGGUCAACUAUCGUAAAAAUCCCAAUUGGGAGAAAGAAGUGCUAAAGAUCACUCACGGCGAAGGCGUUGAUUUUGUGGUUGAGGUAGGUGGAAAAGGUACUAUUACCAAAUCCUUGACAUGUCUGAAGCCUGGUGGACAUAUUGGUUGCAUUGGUGUUUUGAGCAGUUCAGAUGGUAACGUGCCUAAUAUCCUUCCCAUGAUCAUGGGUAAGGGUGCACAUGUGAGAGGUAUUCUCGUUGGUAACAAACAGCUUUCAGAAGAGCUUGUUCGUUUUGUACAUGCAAAGAAGAUUCAUAUGCCCGUUGAAAAAGUGUUUGGGUUCACUGAAGAGGAAGUUCGCGCUGCCUAUAAGCAUGCUGCUUCCCAAACUCAAGUGGGCAAAACUGUCAUUAAAGUAGAAUAA